AUGAGUUACGACACGGCUGUUGAGAGCCAGUCGGUUCCGUCGCGCGGCGGAGCGAUCUCGAUGGAGCAGCACCGGCGCGGACGGCUGCUGAAGCAGCAGCUGCAGCUGGUGGCGCGGAAGACGCCGGACGGCAAGGAGCGCAAGGAGAUCGCGGUGAUCCCGGAAACUCUAUCCUUCGAGAAGGGCUUCUUUCUGUUCAUUCGAGCCGUGCAGCUGCUGACUCAGAACAACGAAGGCAUGGUGCUGGUGGGACUCGCAGGCCCGUCUGGCGCCGGCAAAACGGUCUUCAGCGCCAAGGUGCUCAACUUCAUGCCUGGCAUCACGGUGAUCUCUAUGGACAACUACAACGUGGCGAGUCGCGUCAUCGACGGCAAUUUCGAUGACCCGCGCAUCACGGACUACGAGCUGCUGCUGAGCAACCUGCAGGGGCUGAGGGAGGGUCGCACGGUUCAAGUACCAAUCUAUGACUUCAAGAGCAGCACGCGCGUGGGGUUCAGUGAAGUCCCCAAGUCGCGCAUUGUGAUUAUAGAGGGCAUCUACGCCCUCAGCGAGCGCCUCCGGCCGCUGCUGGACGUGAGGGUGUCUAUAACGGGAGGAGUACACUUUGACCUCGUUAAGAGAGUGCUGCGGGACAUCGACCGCUCAGGCCAAGCGCCAGAGGAGAUUAUACAUCAGAUCUCGGAGACGGUGUAUCCCAUGUACAAGGCGUUUAUAGAGCCGGAUCUACAGACGGCGCAUAUUCGCAUUGUCAACAAGUUCAAUCCAUUCUCAGGGUUCCAAGAUGCGACCUACAUCCUCAAGGCGCCCGAAACCGACCCUGCCGAAGCUGAGGCUCGGAUCCGGUCCGUGCUGUCUGCCGAGGCAGUGGCAGGCUCGGAGAGCGAGGAGACGUACGACAUUUACCUGCUGCCGCCCGGGGAGGACAAGGAGACGUGCCAGUCGUACCUGAGAAUGCGCAACAGAGACGGGCGCUACUCCCUCAUGUUUGAGGAGUGUGUGACAGACGGUCCCUUUGUGAUAACCCCGCGCAUCACCUUUGAAGUGAGUGUGCGGCUGCUGGGGGGCCUCAUGGCGCUGGGCUACGAGAUGGCGCACAUCCUCAGGAGAGACUCGCGCGUCUUCCGAGACAAGCAGCAAAACAUCGUCGUGAAGGUGGACCGCCUGGAGCAGAUUAAAAAGACCUUCAUGCAGGUCCAAGGCAAGGACCGCAAACGGGUCAGGGAGGUAGCAACCCAGCUGGGCAUGGAGGGUAGGUACAGCCCGCGGCUGUACAUCGAAGAGAUUCAGCUGCACAACCUGACAGAAGAAGUACAAGCCUUAUCAGCAGAGAGUGUGCUCAAGGAGCGGUUCAGAGUGGCCGAUCACCUGCUGCCGUCCGGGAGCCCCAUGGGCGCUGCACUGUCUUCCUCCCUCACCCCCCCUCUUGUCUCCUCCUCCUGGACCCUCGGCCACAAGUUCGAUCAGUCCAACUGGAGCAAGGACCGCCAGGGGGGAAGAAUCAAUGCAUCGCCAGACCGACUCGAGGCCUCCCCCACUUUCAACCAAAGCGCCAACGCUGCUACCUCUGCUAAUGACACACCUUCAAGGCGAAACCGGGAUGGGGAGAGAGCGGGUUCGGGGGGGAGGCAUGCGGAUGGUUCAGGAGACGGGGGGAGCAGCAGGAGAGGAGGGGGCGGCAACGGUAGCAGCAGGAGCCGGAAUAUGGGUCAUGUAGGGGUUGGGGAGGAGGAGGGGGUGGAGGGAGGAGGAUCGGGGGAAGCUGGGACAGUCACGUCCCUGAUUCACUCCCAGGCUCGGAUCUCUGAGCAGCUGACACUUGUCACCGACCGAUUGGAUGAGCUGCUCUCGAGAUUAGAUCUUGUUUCGUCUGGUCCAGUGGGUUCUGCGAGUGGGAAUGGGGUAGUGGCAGGGAACGGCGGCAGCAGCAGCAGCCAAUUGAGUCCUGCCACGUCAGCGUUGACCAGCCAGCUGGUGUUGGGAGGGAGGAAUGGGAGUCGAGGCGAGCUGGCAGGACCGAUUGAUAUAGGAACAGGGACUGGGGGAGAGAGGAGGAACGGUGGAGGGGGUAGUGGGGGGAGUGGUGGUAAGGGUGGGAUUAGUGGGGUUAGCAGGCUCACACCUGUUUCUACUGGUGCUGCAGGGGGGAGUGUGAUGGGUUUGAUGAAUGGUGGUGCAGUUGGUAUGAGUGGUAACAGUCUUUGUUAUGAUGUGAAUGUGGUGAAUGGGGCUGGGAGCGGUGCAGAGGGGCAAGUGGCAGUGGCACCAGGAUCGGCAGCAGCGGCGCUGGUGGUGGAAGUGAAGGAGAUCGCCAGCAACCAAAGAAGGCUCGCAUCUGAGCUGGAUUCAUUGAGUCGCCUGCUUCGCGAAUCAUUAGACUCCGACUCGUGGACGCCAUUGCUGCCCGCCAUGGCCGGGAAUCGCGGCGGCGCGUCAGUGGUAACCCGCAAGCUGAUGCUGUCUGUCGCGCUUCUGUCUGUCGCGCUUCUGUCUCUCGCGAUCGCCGUCAACAUCGCGAAAUUGAUGGCACACCCGAGGCGUCUCGUCACGGCCACCGCUGCUCCGCCCAGCCCCGAUCAGGCUGCCCUGCUGGCGCUGAGGGACGCGCUGAGAGCCGGCAAUCCCGCUGCGCUGUCGGGAUGGGGGAACGACAUGAAUCCCUGCGACCCCUCGGAGAACCCCCGCCUCGUAUGCAACAGUGCUGGACGCGUUAUAAGCCUCUAUUUGGCGAACGAGCUACUGAUAGGGCCCAUCCCAGGGAAGCAGCUGGCGGCUCUGGCUGGCCUGCAACGCCUCAACAUGGGAUACAACGCACUCACAGGACCCAUCCCAGAGGAGCUCUCAGCCCUCUCCAACCUCACCUACCUAUCUUUAGAGGGCAAUCGAUUAGAUGGCUCAGUUCCCGAGUGGCUGGGAUCGCGACUCUUAAAGCUAGUGAACGUCCGUCUCGCCAACAACCUUCUCAACGGCACUCUGCCAAGCACCCUGGGCGACCUCAAGAGCUUGCAGCUUCUUGACUUUGGAAGCAACCGCCUCUCAGGCCAGCUGCCAUCCACCCUCCAGCACUGCCGCCUCUUGCAACACUUGUCCGUCACAGCCAAUCAGCUCUCAGGACCGGUCCCAGAGUGGCUUGGAAGCCUGAAGCAGCUCAGAGCGCUAGAGCUCUUCUGGAACCAGCUGUCCGGCUCUAUUCCUGCCAGCCUGGGGGACGCCUCUGCCUUGGAAUCCAUAGCACUGGAUAACAAUGGCCUCUCAGGUCCCAUCCCACCAGCACUAGGGAACCUUUCUAAACUCGCCGCACUCUAUAUGGCAAACAACUCGCUGGAAGGACCCGUCCCUGCCAGCUUCAGUCGCCUCAACAGCCUCAUGUACCUCGACCUGAGUUACAACAGGGGCAUUAACGGCUCCCUCCCAGCCUUUUUAGGGAACCUAUGGCUGCUCAGGUCCCUGGCCAUGGAGCAUUGCAAUCUCACCGGCCCCAUCCCGCCCUCUCUGGGCGCCCUCAGCCUCCUCGUUGUUCUCUUCCUCGGCGGGAACAGCCUCUCCGGCCCCAUCCCAGCCACUCUCGGCAAUCUAGAUUCACUCCACAAGCUUUAUCUCCAGAACAACCGCCUCACUGGGAGCAUCCCGGCAACUCUCAGCAGUCUAGAAUCUCUCCACAACCUCCAUCUUGGAAACAACCGCUUCACAGGGAGCAUCCCAGCAGAGCUGUGUCACCUGUCGUAUGUACAUGAGCUGAACCUGAGUCACAACGAGCUCAAAGGGACAGUUCCGGCGUGCCUCCCCGCCCUGCCACGCCUGAAACUGCUUGACAUAUCUCACAACCACCUCACGGGCCCACUCCUGCUGCAGCAGCAACAGCGAAGCUACCCGCUAAAAACCAUGGCCGCGAAUCGCGGCGGUGCGUCAAUGGUCACUCGCAAGCUGAUGCAUGCUCUCGCGCUGCUGUCCCUCGCGCUCGCCGCCACGGCGACAACCCCGAGGCUGCUCGUCACGGCCGCCGCUGUUGCUGCGGCCAGCCCCGAUAGUGAGUUCCUCGUUACAAGCCCCGAGUUGGUGAUCGCGCGCAAGCUGAUGUUUGCUCUCGCGCUGCUGUCUCUCGCGCUGACCUUCGCGCUCGCCGCGCUGUUAGCGCUGAAAGGCGCGCCGAGACGUGGCAAUCCCGCUGCGCUGCCGGAUGGGGGAACGCCAUGA